AUGGCUUCCGUCACCUCGCUGGACAAGGACCUGCGCAAGCUGCGCGCCGAAAAGUACACGCCCCAGGCCGCCGGCGAGGCAAAGUCCUGGAUCGAGUCCGUCAUCGGCGAGAAGCUGCCCCAGCCCGACUUGCUCGAUGCCCUCAAGGAUGGCGUCGCUCUGUGCAAGCUCGUCAACAAGGUGCUGCCACCACCCGGCGUCAAGUUCAAGCAGUCGGCCAUGCCCUUCGUCCAGAUGGAAAACAUCUCCAUCUUCCUGCGAUCGUGCAAGGCCCCCCCGCUGAACCUGCUCGAGCACGACGUUUUCCUGACUGUCGAUCUCUACGAGCGCAAAGACCCCGCACAGGUACUUCAGUGUAUCGGUGCCUUUAGCCGGGCUGCCAACGCCGCCAACCCCGAGGCAAUCCCGGCUGUCAUCGGUCCCAAAGUCAAUGCUCACAACACCACCAAGGUGAUCAGUCCCCAGCCCACCGGUGGCGGCCCCUUGAAGAGCCCAGGUCUUCCUGCGCGCAACACCUCGACCGCCAGCAAUGCCACCGUUUCAUCCUUCAGCUCAUCCUUUGGGUCGUCUCUCCAACCCACGGCAUCGCCCUUGGUUGCGCAGAAGACGGGAGGUUCGGUAUCGAGCAGCAGAUGGGGCGCCAAGUCUCCAACCCUCAGUGCCACCACCCCCUCUGUCUCGGGGAGCGUCAGCAGCUGGAGCAACAAGAACCACGAGGGCACCACGUCCCCGGCCUGGAACAUUGCCCAGUAUGGGUACAUGGGCGGUGCGAGUCAAGGCACCAUGGGCGUUUCUUUCGGCGGUCGUCGGCAGAUCACUACUGCUGCCCCGCACGUGCCUAGCGCACAAGAAAAGGAGCGAAAGCGCAAGGAGGCCGAGGCCGAGGCGGAACGCAAGCGCGUGGAGGAGGAACAGCGGAAGAAGGCUGAGAUGGAGGCUGCGGAGGAGCGCGCUCGUCAGCAAGAGGAACGUAGGUGGGAGGAGGAGACCCGCAAGGCCCACGAGGAGGAGCGCAAGCGGCUCGAGGAGGAAAAACGGCGUUGGCAAGAGGAGGAACGUCAGUGGAAGCUCGACCAGGAGAGGCGACGCAAGGAGGAAGAGGAGGCCGAGCGACGACUGCAAGCCGAGCUGAAACAGGAGGAGGAGAAGAAGCGCGCCGCCGAAAAGCAGGUACAGCACCAGGCCCAGACUCAUACCCGUGAGAGGAGUGAUCCCCGACUGCGCGGUCAGCUACUCAGCCAUUACCAGGCCGAAGAGUCCCGAGACAAGGAGCGGAUAAGAGAGCUCGAGCGGGAACUUGAGAAGGCCCGGAGGCGAGAGGCCGAGUACGAGCGCGAGCGCCAGGAACGCUCCCGUCGCCUCGGCGUCAGCAGCGGCGACGACUCGGACGAGAAGCAGCGCUCGCACAGCCGCCCUGCUCGGCCCAUCAGCAGGCAGGAUUCGUGGAAGCCGCGCGACGAGCGGCGGUUUUCUAGCAGACCCCCGUCGCCUCUGGUGCAGGACAUCCUAGACGGCUACCUCGACAGCCCCAUCCGCUCCCCACGCGCAAGCCUCUCUCCGCGCCCGCUACCCGACCCCACCUCGCCGUCCAGGCCGCUCCCAAUCCCAGCGAACCCCAUGCUCUCGCCGCCUCAGAAGCUUACUGCUCAGCGAACUGGUGGCAAGGAGAACAACGGUCUAGGCCCCGCCCUCCCCAUCCGCCCCAACCAUACCGGCAGCAACCGCCCCCUGCCAAGCCGCGGGCAACAAGCCGUCACUCCAUCUCAACCUCAACCUCACGGUAACAACAACAAAUCCCCCUUCAGCAAGCCCCGCUCUCCUUACUCGCCCACCCAAAAGACCGGCGGAGGAGGAGGAGGAGGUUUCGCUGCUCUCUCCCUCCUCGAGCGGGAGAUGGAGCUCGAGCGCCAGCGUCAGCGCGAGUGGGAGGAGGCGCAGCAGGAGACGGCCAAGGCGGUCCGUUCGGAUGACGGAGUCAACGGAAUCGGCGGAGGUAUCGGUGGACGGUGGGAUGUCGGCCAGUGGGCUGGGUUUACCGGUGGUGAUUCGCAGAAUCGGGGGAGCCAGGGGAUUGGAGCGGGAAAGAGGCCGGUUGUGGGACCGAGGCCUUUGCCUAACUUGCCGCACUAGACUUGGGUGAGGGCGGAGGACAAUGGCGGCGCAUGGAAGAAAAUGAAGAGAGAGAGAGGGCGAGUGGAAGAAAGUAUACCCAAAUAGUUUCCUCGUUUGUAACUGCUUUAUGGUUUGGCAGGUUGGCAGGUUGGCAGGUUGGGGCAGUCUGAAAGUAUUGCAGUCGUCAUUGCAACAAUUUGCGGUCAGAAAAGUAAAGGGGAUUGGUAGUCUUGUUUUUUAUUUCCCUCUUUGUUUUUUUCUAUUUUUUAUUAUUACUGUUCUUUUUAUAUUUCCAGGGAAACAAAAGGGAACGAUGGUUUUUGAGGGUUCGAUCGUCGUUCAUAAGCAGCUGCUGGCUCCAAUCCGCAUCCGCGUUGAGGUAAUAAGGUUAGGUUAGGUUAGGUUAGGUUUUAGACCAGGCGAUAGGAAAUGUUUUACC